AAGUACCUAGUCUUUCAUAUGAGAUUUUUAUAAUAAAAGUUAUUAAUGAAAUUUUUAUUUUGUACUUAAUACCAAAAAAAAGUUUCAUUUUCUAAUAAUUCAGAAAUGAAUAUCGGAACGAAGAUUCGACCCUUGAUCAAUUACUGUAAACGAAGCUAUGUUGUGCCAUGGAAAGCUAUCAAGUACGAGAAGAAAGGAAGAAAGGAAAGAAAACUUGAAAAAUACGGGGGGAAGUUCAAUCUGGCUAUCAUCAUGGGGAUCGGCAAGUCCCGGGAUUUGAUGCGGGCACUAGAAGACCUUCUCAGGUGUUGUGGAGCGCCUUUGGCCUGGGAAAUGGUAUCAGAGAAAAUUGAAGAUGAUAAAUCAUUCGAAAACAUGAUUAUGGCCAUAAAAAGGAAUGGUGUAGCGAUUAAAGGUAAUCUAGACAAAGAGACAGUCUUCGAUGAAAACUUUCUUCCAGAAAUAUCUAAAAACAUGGCUGUAAAGAGAGUUUUGGACCUACAUUCUGUUAUUACGGAAUUUAAAUCAUUCCAAGGUCUAGAGAAAAAGAUGAAAAUACAUCGUAACGUUGAUCUCGUCAUUGUUCGGCAGAAUACCGAGGGAGACUACAUGAUGCUAGAACAUUCACCGUCCAAGAAAAUCGCUGAGCACUUGAGAGUAAUAACAUUAAACAACUCUGAAAGGGUAUCAGAAACGGCUUUCCAAUAUGCAGAGAAGAAGAAUCGGAGGAAAAUAUAUUGUCUCCACAAGCGCCGUGUUUUACCUCUCUCUGAGAAGGUUUUUAUCGAUGGGUUUCUUCUGGCGGCUUCCAAAUACCCUCAUAUUCCCUAUGAAAUCAUGGAUGUCAACCAAGGAUUCCGAGCGUUUCUGAAAAAUCCCAAAGCUUUGGACGUCGUUGUUACAAAUAGCUUAGACGGGACGAUGCUAAAAUCAGUCCUCCUAGGAAUGUUCGGUAGUCCAUCCUUAGUGGCUGGUUCCAACAUUGGAGAUGAUGCUGUCGUCUUCGAACCCGCGGUCAGGUACAAGUCUCUUAAUUUCGAAAAUCCAACAGCACAUUUCCUUUCGGGAGUUUUAUUGCUAGAACAUCUGGGCCUAAGCCUAUUUGGUGACGCCAUCAGGAAAUCGUUGGAAGAGGUUUUCCUGGAUGGUGCGUUCACUAAAGACCUGGGAGGGAAUGAAACAUUGUCAACGUUCACAACAAAAGUGAUAGAAAAGCUCCAGAAGAAAGUACCCUAUACUCUGUGUGCUUACAACAAGAUACCCUCAAUUACAUGCUCUCACAAGCCAAUCGACCCUUACCAAACUAUCCACUUAUAAUUAAUCACUUAUAUUCUAUCGAUAUUCGAUAAAAGAAAAAUCCUAAAAACUGUUACUUAAUGACUGAAACUUUUAUUAUAAAAAAAUUAGAGGUUUUACCGAAAAUAUUCGGAAAAAACAUCCAAAUUAUCUUUACAAAUAUGAAUUCCUUAUAUUAAAUUGCCAUUUUUCUUGAGCUCAAUGUGUUUUUCUAAUUGCAUAUUGAUAUAUUCAGAAUAUUUUUAGGAAAAAUUAAGAAACAACAUGCUGAUAUUACAAAAUCUUUGAAAAAAGAUAACUUCUAACGCGAAAAAAAUCCCAGAGCCAUCAGCUGAAACAGCAAAAAUUUAUCACAAUGACUGAAAGAUGUUCGUAUUACAUGCUCUAUUAUCGAAAAAAAAAAUUAAUGAAAUAGUAUUCCUUACUUAUUUCGUUUAUGAGGUAAAUAUUAUUACCAAACAUUUUCGGUUACCGUAACGUAAGUAAAAUUGAUAAUAAACAAUUUAUUGCUAUAGUUAGAAAAUAUAGGAAAGGAAAUUUUUAUACGUUGAAAACUAUUGGGUCAGCAGAGAAAGAAUUUUUGGAGGAAUUUAAUUUUUUUUAAUGCAACGUGCUUCAAAAUGUAAAAGAUACUUUAUAUCAAGAUUAAUAAAAAUUUCAAAAUGAA